AUGUCCUCCGAGGGAGAGACGAGUGAGGGUGAAGGCCAAGAGGAGUUAUCGGAAAAGCAGUGUGAGUGUCUCGUUGGCCAGAAGGAGGAUGUAGAGCGAGAUUGGUUUGAAGUAUUCGCGGAUAGAGUGGGGAAGGCUCAAUUAAGUGACGACUUCUGUGUGUUGGUUAGCUCUGAGUUACGAGCGAAUUCGAAAGGAAAAUACUCUACACACUAUCGCCUGGAGGAGAAGACGGGUAUGCUGCUAUGUAGACGAUGGGAUGCCUCUGAGAAGGAAGUUGAGUGGAUUGUGUACAUCCCAGCCAACCGUCGUGAUCUCCAGUUAGAGGUUGUUCAUAAGUUCCACCACACUUUCCUCCACCCUGGGAUAGGGAGGACUGUGAGAUUGAUCCGUAAAUUCUGUUGGUGGAAAGGUAUCCACCAGAGAGUGAGGUCAUUUGUCCUGAGCUGUGAUGCUUGCUGUCGAGCCAAGGAAGGUCGUCUCUUGAACAAGUGUUUACCGAGUGUUAGAGAUUUCGUACCUCUGGUGUGGGGUAUAGCUGGCUUAGAUGUUUGGGGUCCGAUUCGGUUGGGUUCCAACGCCACUUCCUGGUUACGAUGUGUUAACGAGCUGUUCGGCAGAGAUAUUGUGACUGGUGUCAGUGAAAUUAUGGCCGAGAACGGCGUGUUCCGCGUAUGCGUGACUGACCAGGCCCAGUACUUUGUCUCCAAGAGAUUCAGAGAGUAUCUAGCCAGCAGGAGUGUUGUUCACUGUGUCACGGAGGCCUAUGAUGAAGAGCGACGAGGUUGGUAUGAACGAAGCCACAAGGAGCUUACGGUGACUUUAAGGGCUAUGGUUAGCGAAGGUCAGGCUAUGGAUUCGAUCAAUCAAGUGCGGCAGCGAUUAGCUUUGUUUAAUCAGCUGAAGCGAAGCUGCCGUCGGGAGAAGAUUGAUGAGGUUGGUGAGGAGCCUAAACAGUCCACCACGGCAGUGCAGACAGAGCCGAAGCAGACGGGAGAUUGGGGAUCCGUAAAGAUAGACAGGAAGGAUCUACGCCGUUGGAGGGAUACUGUGAAGGCGAUGUCGAAGUCAGGUCCGGGUAUGUUGACCCGGGGAAAGAAGAGAGUUCUGGAGCAGAUUGAGGAGGUUAGUAAAGCUCCUCGUAAGAAGCUUUAG